AGGGAUCCAUUUGUGGACCCGGGGGAAACGACAGUUUUCAUCCAAGAUCAUUUUCAUUUCCAGCACUUACCCACAGUAUCUUUUUAGAUACCGCGGUCGGCAGAAGAUAGAGUGGCUCCUAACGGCGGCAGUUCGUGUGAAGUGUUGUUCCUAAAGUUUAACCGACAUUUUUAUUGUUGUUUGACGGCCAAGUUUUAUUGUGAAGUGGACGUGCCUUUUGAAACAUUUUAAAGGUUUCUUUUCCAAACGCAAAGAGAGGACUUCUUUCAAAUUCCAGACAUGUCGGGUCUGUUGUACGAGAAUCCAAUCGAACGAUUUUGGACACUAUUCCUAGAUACAUUAGUGUUUUUCCUGAAAUCUAUUACCUACAUUGCGGAAGCGAUUUACCUUACAAUUUUGCCGAGCAGUUUUCGAAAAGUGAAGGAUGUUUCCGGACAAGUCGUACUUAUUACGGGUGGAGGUGGAGGCGUUGGACGACACUUAGCAUUAAAUUUUGCUGAACUUGAUGCCCGUGUGAUUGUUUGGGAUAUCAACCAAGCAGCUGUUCAAACAACCAUCGACCUACUUGCCAAAAACGGUUACCAUUGCAAGGGAUAUGUAGUGGACAUCUCCAACCGUGACAUGGUUUACGAAAAAGCUAAAGAAGUUAAAGCAGAGUUCGGCUGUGUCGACAUCCUAAUCAACAAUGCAGGAAUUGUUUGUUGUAAACCAUUUUGGGAGCUUCCUGACCGCGUCAUUGAGAACACAUACUCAGUUAACAUCAUUUCCCAUUACUGGACCGUGAAAGCAUUCCUUCCUGAAAUGAUGCAGAGCAACUUCGGACACAUUGUUACUGUAGGUUCAGUAGCUGGACUUCUUGGAACUUAUGGAUGUUCAGAUUAUAGUGCCACAAAAUUUGCAUGCUCCGGAUUUCAUGAAGCUCUAUUCACGGAUCUGAGGACGCAUGGCUAUGAUAACAUUCAUUUGACUUUAGUUUGUCCAUAUUACAUCAACACUGGUAUGUUCUCUGGUGUCAAACCGCGACUAUUCCCAAUGUUGGAGCCGAAAUAUGUUGCGGAUAGGAUAACGCAAUCAGUACAACGUAAUGAGGUUAAUUGUGUGAUGCCACAUUUUGUUCGAUUGCUUCUGCCCCUAAAAUGUCUUCUUCCUGCUAAAAUGUGUUGGGAACUGAUGGCACGUGUAAUGAAAGGACCACAAUCGAUGAUGCUCUUCGAAGGACGAAAAGUUCCAGCUGGUUAACAAUUUCAGAAGCGAAAUGGAGCUAGUAGUGUUAAUAAAGUAGGUUUAAGGAGGAAAUUGAUUUAUUAAUGUUUAUUUUUUAAAUGUUUCUACAAUCAAAUUGUUUGUUAAUGAGAAUAUUUUAGUUUGUAUGGUUUCUUAUAAAAAAAGUCUGAAAUUA